AUGUUCUCGGAAUAUGCCUCACGGUUCCUGCAACAAUCCACGUCCCACCUACAAGCUUCCGACAACGCGCGCAGCCCUCUUGAUCGGCGGCGUAACAACCUCGCGCCCUCAGGCUCCCGCUAUGUCCAGCGACCUUCGUCCGGAAUGCUGAAUCCCUACCAAUCCCAGAACCCCGCAUCUUCUAAUUCUCGCUUCCCCUUUGCUGCGCGAUUAGGGAGGCAACAGCAGGCGCCACUCUUCCACAGCACGCACGAGGACUUCGAAGAGGAGGAUGAAGGCGAUGAGCAUGAGCGGGAAGUCGCAGACUUCUAUGCGCUACAAAGGAGUCGGCGGCAGUUUGGUCCGAGUAACUUGACCGAGAGCGAGGAGCUAGAAGACGAUGAGGAGGGUGCGGACAGUGUCGAGGGCCAAAGACACGAUAGAGACGAGGGCUCGCAACGGGGCCGAGAGCACGCGACCACAAUCUCAACAUGGAGGGACCAGAGUAUGCCCGAGUCUGCAGCGAGCGCACCGAGUUCCAAGGGCAAGGGUCGGUUGGUAGAUGUAAAUCUGGCCAGCACCAUCAACGAAGAGCCUCCCGAAUCUCUCGCGAAUCUGGCGUCCGAGCUCGAUCCAGACGAACCACCCCCGCCUCACCAGACAUUCCGGCUAUCCGCCAAAGACCCCCGACAAAGCUCCUUUCUCAUGCCCCUCGAGACCGACUCGGAGACGAAUCUCUUGAAUCCGCGCCCAAGCUCACCGGGUGCGGAGAGUGUACCUCCUACCGUCAUCCUUCCCACCCACGAACCACCGCGACACGAUGCUUUCUGGGCUACCUUGUUCGAAAUCAGCCUCUUCGCCAUGUUCGCCUCCUUCACUCUCAUCUGGUUCCACACUUCCUCGCCGAAGACCCCGCUGGGCGACUCGAUCUACAGUGCCUUGCGAGGGAGCACCGACAUGCUGCUCUGGGAUACCGUCAUCUCCAUCGUCGUGGCGCUGAUUUGGCUGGCCCUGCUCCGACACCACGUACGAAACCUGGUCUACCUCAUGCUUUUGGCUGUCCCGGUCAUCCUCUUCGCCUUCUCCCUCUACCCCCUCAUCAAUAGCUUUCGCGGCACAUACAACGGCGCCUCUGUACAGGAUAGAGUGAUGCGCUGGCUUUCGCCGCUGCCAUUCAUCUUCGCCUGCAUCUGGACUUGGAGCAUCAUCACUCAUCGCCACAGUCUCAGCCGCUCCAUCAAAAUCCUCGAGUUCAGCACCAAAAUCCUCUCUGCCAGUCCGUACCUCAUCAUGUUGGGCUUCGUCACGCUCGGCGUGGUCGUGAGCUUCACCUGGAUCUGGAUGCUCAUGUUCGAGCGCAUCUUCCUUUCCGGCCAUUUCGCGCAGUCCGGAACAGGGAAGUGGAUUCUUUACGCCAACAGCUGGUGGCUCGGCGUCUUCUUCAUCCUCCAAUACCUAUGGAGUCUAGGGGUGAUUGCCGGCAUCCAGCGGGCCACCACCGCGGCGACUGUGAGUCAGUGGUACUUCCAUCGCCUCGCUGUCCCCCAGCCUAGCAGCCAGCAAGUGGUGCGAGCUAGCUUCAACCACGCCGUCGGCGCCUUAUUCGGGACGGUGUGCCUGAGCACUUUUCUCAGCCUGUUGGUUCGCCUGCCCUUAAUCAUCCUCCCGGGACGCAUCAGCGGAAUCCUCAACAUGUGCGCCUACUGGGUGAUGCCCACCAGCCUAGCGACCACAACCAACCCUCUUACCUUGACCUACGCCGCCAUCCACUCCCAACCCCUCGGCAUCGCAUCCCGCGGCCUGGGACAGCUGAGCUUCGUCAGCCGCACCAAUCCCUCCAACACCCUAGGUCCGCGCAACCUCAACCCCCGCGACCCACAAAGCAGCGCCCUCAUCCCUUACCGUCUCGCCAAACUCCUCCUCCAGGCUACGAAAUGGAUCAUGUCCGCCGCUCUAGGUUUCGGCGGCUGGGUUCGCACGGCGCGCAAUUUGCGCAUCGACGGCGCGAGCGGGGGCAUCAAGGGCAGUGUGUAUGCGUAUGUGGUCGGGUUGAUUGCUGGUACGAUUGGUUUUGCUGUUCUCGGCGCUGUGGAGAAUGUGGUUGGAGCGGUGCUGGAUGCCGCGGUAAUUUGCUGGGCUAGUGAGACGGGCGGUCGGGCAGAGGCGAGGUUUUGCAGGGAAGCGGGCGAGUUGUUUGGAGGGGAGGAUGAGAGGCCUGGGUUGGGUAGAGAGGGGAGAGUGGGAUUAUAG